CAAGAGCUCUUCGCGAUAGGAUCCCUAAUAAGCUUUCUACUUUUCACUAUAGUCUUCCAAUUCAAUCGCCCCUCUCAUCUUCUCCAUCUCCGUUCUCCGAUACCUGAUUCUUCUUGUCAACUCCAAUCCCUCGGAUUUUCUACAGAGACGGCGGAAUGACUCAAGAGGUCGAGAUGCAAGAGGCACAGGAGCCCUCAAACUCGGUGCACUCCGCCUCCUUUCCAUCCACCCUUCUGCAUCUGAAGGAGAUUGCAUCUGUUAUCGAGACUGGGGCCUAUGCGAAGGAGGUGCGUCGGAUUGUGCGGGCUGUGCGCUUGACGAUCAUGCUUCGACGAAAGCUGAAAGCUUCCACUCUGUUGGCUUUCCUCCAUUUCGCCCUCGCACCGGGCUCAGAAGCUCAUUCUAACUUGACCUCCUAUCUGCCUAGGGAAGAUGAACGUGAUAUGGAUGUUGAUACUGCAUCUUCAGCUGCACAAUUUCCUGCCAAGUAUUUUUUGCCUGAGAUUGAAAUCUACUGUUACUUGCUGGUGCUUAUUUUUCUGAUUGAUCAGAAACGAUAUGAUGAGGCUAAAGCUUGUUCCUCUGCUAGUAUUGCUCGUCUUAAAAACAUAAACAGAAGGACAGUUGAUAUUUUAGCAUCUAGGCUAUAUUUUUAUUAUUCAUUGAGCCAUGAACUCACAAACAGCCUUGCUGAAAUUCGCGGAAAUCUUCUUGCCCUUCAUAGAAUGGCCACCUUAAGACAUGAUGAACUGGGUCAGGAAACCCUUCUUAAUCUUCUUCUUAGGAACUACCUUCACUACAACUUAUAUGAUCAAGCUGAGAAGCUAAGAUCCAAGGCGCCACGUUUUGAAGCCCAUUCUAAUCAACAGUUUUGCCGCUAUUUAUUCUAUCUGGGCAAAAUAAGAACCAUUCAGUUGGAGUACACAGACGCCAAAGAGUCUCUCCUCCAAGCCGCUCGUAAGGCCCCCGUCGCCGCUCGAGGCUUCAGAAUUCAAUGCAACAAAUGGGCCGUCAUUGUCCGAUUACUUCUCGGCGAAAUCCCGGAGAGAACUGUUUUCAUGCAGAAAGGAAUGAAGAAGGCUCUCACUCCCUACUUCGAGCUCACAAAUGCCGUGAGGAUCGGCGAUCUCGAGCUCUUCAGAACCGUUGCGGAGAAAUUUUCCACCACAUUCAGUUCCGAUCGGACCAACAAUCUAAUCGUGAGGCUCCGACACAACGUGAUUCGAACCGGACUUCGCAACAUCAGCAUCUCCUACUCUCGAAUCUCGCUCUCCGAUGUUGCGAAGAAGCUGCGGCUGCACUCUGACAAUCCCGUCGCCGAUGCCGAGAGCAUCGUCGCGAAGGCGAUUCGAGAUGGCGCGAUCGAUGCGACCAUCGAUCACGCGAAUGGAUGGAUGAUUUCGAAGGAGACGGGCGACAUUUAUUCAACGAAUGAGCCUCAGAUUGCUUUCCAUUCAAGAAUUGCCUUCUGCCUCAACAUGCAUAAUGAAGCAGUGAAGGCGCUGAGGUUCCCGCCUAAUUCGCAUAAGGAGAAGGAGAGUGCGGAGAAGAGGAGGGAGAGGCAGCAGCAGGAGCAGGAGCUCGCGAAGCACAUUGCCGAGGAGGAUGAUGAUGAUGAUUUCUGAAAUUUUGAUCAUGUCUGGUAUAAUGGCGGCUUUUUGGUCCGUCUCUGCUGCACUUCUGCAUGAAUUUAUUGUUGUGAUGUCUGUGUGCUUUUGAUGAAUUUUGGGGUUUGGUUUGGAUUCAUGAACAGUUUUAAUUCCUCUUAUUUGAUUAUCUUUAUUUGUGUUG